AUGGUUAUUUACCUAGAGUGUCUUGUGCUUUGCCAUUGCCACCUGCUCCUAUCCCUCUUGCUAAAAAGGUUGCAGCAGAGUUUAUAGGCACAUUCAUUCUAAUGUUUGCUGGAAUGGGAAGUGCAAUAGAGAACGAAAAGGUUGAAAAUUCAGAGACACUAAUUGGAUGUGCUGGAGCUAGUGGACUUGCUGUUAUGAUCAUAAUUCUAUCAACUGGUCAUAUCUCCGGUGCUCAUCUCAAUCCUGCUAUUACCAUCUCAUUUGCUGCAUUGAAGCAUUUUCCUUGGAAGAAUGUACCUGUGUAUAUUGGUGCACAAAUAUUGGCAUCAAUAUGUGCUGCAUUUUCUCUGAAAGUGAUUUUUCAUCCAUUCAUGAAUGGUGGAGUGACGGUUCCUUCAGUAGCAAUUGGUGAAGCUUUUGCAUUAAAAUUCAUUAUUGGCUUUAAUCUCAUGUUUGUUGUCACUGAUGUUGCCACCGACACAAGAGCUGUAAGUAUUAUCAUUUUAAUUACAUAAAUUAAUUAUUUUUUCCGAUUUUCAA